AUGCAAGCGCUGAAGGAAAGGGAAAUGUUACAGAAAAGAUAUUUGGAUCAGAAAUAUAACCUACUUAUCACUGAGGCGGAAGCAAGUGAGGCUGGUGGUAGUGUAAGAAGUGAGUGCAGUUCACCAAAAAGUACAGCAAGGGUUCGAGAAUGGAUGGAGAGGCAUUCGGAGCAGGUGGCAGAAACUGGCGCGGAAUGUGAUCCAGCAGUUUUGAUGUGCAAUCGUACCGCACCUAUAAAUAAUCCGAAUAUCAAUGAGACGGCGAAAGUAAAUACGCAACGUAAUACACCAUCUGCUCAAACUAGAGUGAUUGAAGAAAACGAACAUCGACAAAGACGAUCACAGCAGCAGUAUAACCCUCAGCAGCUCACACAAGGAAUUAAUGCAUACGAUCAACAAAUACCACUUGCUGCCGUCCAUUACUCGAUUUCACCUGGAGUGCCUGGAGUGUCUCAGCAACCUGAAUUGGCAGCGAUACUACAACAUCGGCCUCUACCGAUUGAACCAAAUAAUUUGUCACAGGUUCCCCGGAUAGUACCGAAUGCACUUCAAAACCCACCGAUUACGACAAAUUUACAGGUCCAACAAAAUAGACUACCUGUCUGGGGAGCAACGCAACAACAAAUAGCGGCAAGGCAAGUGGUACCUAGAGAACUCCCAGUGUUUUCGGGCUUCGCAGAGGAUUGGCCACUAUUUAUUCGCAGCUAUUGGAAUUCAACGGAAAUGUGCGGCUAUUCAGAUGCGGAAAAUUUAAUGCGACUACAAAAAUGUUUGCGUGGCAAUGCACUAGAAGCUGUUAGGAGCAACCUACUCAUUCCGUCUUCGGUUCCCCAAGUCAUUGCGACUUUAGAAACACUAUUUGGAAACCCGGAACGUCUAAUAGGAGCGAUGCUGAAUAAAAUUCGUAGCGCACCGAUACCAAAACAAGAUAAAUUGGAGACACUCGUCACCUUCGGUGUUGCAGUGCAGAACUUAGUGGGACAUCUAAAAGCAGCCAACCAGUGUCUUGUACCGCAUGGUAAAUGGCCGUGCAAGACAACACGAGCCUGUGAGGUUAAUGGUUGCACAGUGUAUCACCAUCCGCUAUUGCAUUCGGGUCAGCAAAUUGAUAACACCAGUGCCUCGAGAUCAUCCGCAGUAGUUUCUGUCCAUCAACAGAGACAAAGUUCUAUUUUAUUUCGCGUCAUUCCGGUGGUUCUGUAUGGCAAACGUAGUAGAGUAGACACCUUUGCGUUUCUUGAUGAAGGAUCGUCAGUGAGUUUGAUCGAUAAAGAUUUAAUUGAUCAGUUGGGAAUCGAAGGCGAAGAUCAGCCACUCUGCUUGCAGUGGACAUCAAACGUAAACCGUCAUGAGGAGAAUUCUAAAAAAUUUUCUGUUGAAAUUUCUGGCAAACAUGGUCAGCAACAACGGUUUUGGUUGAAUAAUAUUCGAACUGUUAGAAAUUUAAAUCUUCCGGUGCAGACACUCAAUUUUGAAGAUUUGUCGAGUCGUUUUCCAUACCUUCUGGGAUUACCAGUAAGCAGUUUUGGAAAAGCAGUUCCCAGAUUGUUAAUAGGUCUGGACAAUCUACGUCUAGCGAUUCCAAUAAAAAGACGAGAAGGGCUAACCAAUGGACCAGUGGCGGCAAAAACGAGACUCGGUUGGACAGUUUUCGGCAAUACUGAUAGAGGGUCAACCGGCGAUUUGAGUCCCCAUUUUCAUAUUUGCGAGUGUGGUGGCAGCCUGGAAUUAGAGCAGAUGAUAAAAAAAAAUUUCGUGGCAGAUUCUUUAGGAGUAUCUUUAACCCCAGUAUUAGAAAGCGAAGAAGAGCGGCGAGCCAAGCGAAUCCUGCAAACUAAGACUGCGAGGCAAAGUGAUGGACCGUUUGAAACUGGUUUGUUGUGGCGCUAUGAUCGCGUGGAGUUUCCGUCCAGCUACGCGAUGGCUGAGAGAAGACUAAAAUGUUUAGAAAAGCGCCUGAAAUCGAAUUCAAAUUUGAGAAUAAGUAUGGAACAGCAGAUUGCGGCAUAUCAAAUUAAGGGUUAUGCCCACAAGGCCACAGAUCACGAGUUAAAGAAUGCUGACCCAAGAAGAGUAUGGUAUUUGCCAUUGGGUUUGGUAAUCAAUCCCAAGAAGCCUGAAAAAGUGCGCAUUAUUUGGGAUGCGGCAGCGAAGGUGAAUGGUAUCUCCUUAAAUUCAAUGCUGCUGAAGGGACCGGACCUAUUAACAUCUUUGCCAGCAGUUUUGAGUCGGUUUAGACAGCGACGAAUAGCAAUUACAGGAGACAUAAGGGAAAUGUACCAUCAAAUCCGAAUCCGUGAAGAAGAUUGUCAGUCACAACGGUUUCUCUGGCGUACUGAUUCAUCACAACCUCCAGAUGUGUACAUCAUGGAUGUAGCGACGUUUGGGUCAACAUGCUCUCCGAGCUCAGCUCAGUACGUCAAGAAUGCCAAUGCUAAAGAUUGGGAGAAGGCAUAUCCCGAGGCAGCUAUCGCAAUCGUAGAGAACCACUACGUCGAUGACUACCUGGACAGCCGGGACACUGACGAAGACAUGGCACAAUUAGCGAUCGAAGUAAAAGAGGUGCAUUCGAAGGCGGGGUUCGAAAUUAGAAACUUCCUAUCGAAUUCCAGUGUUGUUCUUGCACGGGUCGGGGCAAUGAGUCCAGGUAGUAGGAAGGAUCUCGUCGUCUAUAAAGAGAAUUCAGUAGAAAGGGUGCUGGGAAUUGCAUGGUUACCAGAGCAGGAUAUCUUCACAUUCACGUUGUUACUGCCGGUAGAACUUCUAAGUUUAGUGUCCGGAGAAAUAGUUCCAACGAAACGCCGAAUUCUGCGUCUAGUUAUGAGUUUGUUCGAUCCACUAGGCAUGAUUUCCAAUUUUCUCAUACACGGCAAGGUUUUAUUCCAAGAACUGUGGAGACAUGGCAUUAGUUGGGAUGAGAAAAUCCCAGAGGUGACCCUAGGCUGGUGGGAUAAAUGGGCUGGGCAAUUUCCCCUACUAGAACAAAUCUGUAUCCCACGGUGUUAUUUUCCGUAUUAUGACGUGGAAAGUUACAACACCUUACAACUCCAUGUGUUUGUGGACGCCAGCGAAACUGCAUUUGCAUGCGUCGCUUAUUUCCGUAUAAUACACCGAGGUCAGCCACGAUGUUCUUUAGUGGCUUCAAAAGCCAAGGUGGCCCCUGUGAAAUCACUAUCGAUUCCACGCUUGGAACUGCAAGCUGCUGUGAUCGGCAGUCGUCUGAUAAAGUCAGUAACUAACAAUCAUACGCUGUCCGUAGCCCGACGAUUCAUUUGGAGUGAUUCUAGCACUGUAUUAGCAUGGAUAAAAUCAGACACACGAAAAUAUAAGCAAUAUGUAGCAGUUCGCAUAAGUGAGAUUCUGGAAGAGACUAAAAUAGAAGAAUGGAGAUGGGUACCGACAAGAUCUAACGUCGCUGACGAGGCAACGAAAUGGGGUAAAGGACCUAACUUGGAACCUACCAGCAGAUGGUUCAAUGGACCAGAGUUCCUCUAUGAGCCGGAAAAUAAAUGGCCACAACAGAAGGUAGAUCAAAUAGUAACAACGGAAGAGCUUCGAGCAGUCCACGUUCACCGUGAAGUUGUACAUCAAGCUGUGAUCGCUCACACUAGGUUUUCAAAGUGGGAGCGUUUAUUGCGAACUGUAGCUUAUACAUUUUAUUUUAUCGAUAAAUGUCGCAGACUACGAACGACGGAAAAUUUACAGCAGCUUUCACAAUUUGACUAUGAACGUGCCGAACAUGCAUUAUGGCGUAUGGCUCAAGUCGAUGCCUUUCCCGAUGAAGUUGUUAUACUAAACCCACAAAAUAAAAGUUCCCAACGAGUGGAGAAGACCAGUAAGAUAAGGGCGUUGUCACCUUUCAUGGACGAAUAUGGUGUCAUCCGAAUGCAAGGACGAAUUGAAUUAUCAUCGGUUGCAGAAUACGACACUAAAUACCCGAUCAUUUUACCGUCGAAUCAUCGUGUUACGGAAUUACUAGUGGAGAAGUUUCACCGAAUGUUUGGUCACAGCAACGGAGAAUCAGUGGUUAAUAAACUAAGGCAAAAGUUCCAGAUAUCGAAGUUAAGAGUCCUAGUGCGAAAAGUUAGAAGCAGAUGUAAUUGGUGUAAAAUCAAUCAUGCCUUACCAGAGGCUCCUAAAAUGGCAGCAUUACCAGAGGAGCGUGUUACGCCCAUGACUAGACCUUUUUCACAUGUUGGUCUUGAUUAUUUUGGGCCACUGAUGAUUCGUGUCAAUAGAAGUAAGGUGAAGCGAUGGGUGGCAUUGUUCACAUGUUUAACCAUACGUGCAGUGCACCUGGAACCUGUUGCGUCACUGUCCACGGAGUCUUGUAAACUUGCCAUCCGACGUUUUAUAGCACGUCGAGGAGCUCCAACCCAAAUAUUUUCAGACCAUGGUACAAACUUCAAAGGUGCUAGCAAUGAAUUGAAGGAUAUACAUAAUGCGUUAGCAGAAAGUUUCACGAAUGCAAACACCAAGUGGAAUUUUAUUCCACCUGCAUCUCCGCACAUGGGCGGUGCAUGGGAGAGAAUGGUGAGGUCAGUUAAAUCAGCGAUGGGAGUUCUGAACCAGUCACGUGCUCCGUCCGAAGAAGUAUUCAUGACAGUGUUAUGUGAAGCGGAGUCUAUGGUAAACUCUAGACCUCUAACGUAUAUGCCGUUGGAGGAUUGCAAUCAGGAAGCGUUGACUCCUAAUCAUUUCAUUCUGCUGAGCUCCAGUGGAGUGAAGCAGUCUGAGAAGUUGCCGACUAAAGAGUCGGAUGGACUAAGGAGUGUUUGGAAGUUUUGUCAGUACCUAUUGGAUCAGUUUUGGCGAAGGUGGAUUCGUGAAUAUUUACCAACAAUAACUCGGCGAACGAAAUGGCAUGACAAUGUGAAACCGAUCAAUGAAGGCUGUUUGGUGUUGAUUGUGGAUGGAGCAGUUCGAAACCGUUGGAUUAGAGGGAAAGUUGUGAAUGUUAUACAUGGAAAGGAUGGAAUAGUAAGACAAGCGGACGUCCAGACUGCAAACGGAAUACUGCGUAGGCCGGCGGUAAAACUAGCUGUUUUAGAUGUGUUACAGAAUAGUAAAGCCGCCUGA